AUGGAUUCCAGAAUGGCUGGGAAAAAGAGGUUGCUCCAGUUGGUUGAACUGGAAGAAUUCCGGAGCAAGACAUAUGAAAACGCCAACCUCUACAAGGAGCAGAUGAAAAAUUGGCACGAUAAAAAGCUUAUCAAGGGAGAGUUAGAAGUUGGAGACAAAGUGUUGCUGUAUCGAUCCAGAUUGAAACUGUUUCCUGGAAAGUUGAAAUCAAGAUGGGAGGGACCUUAUGCAAUCAUUGAAGCACUUCCCAAUGGAGCAUUUGCCAUUGCUCAUGAAACAUCUGGAGCAACGCUCAGGGUAAAUGGACACAGACUCAAGAAGUAUAAUAGAGGGAUCAAGGAGCAUGAGAAAUUAACUUCUCAUCUCGAUGACCCAGCUGAAGUCUGA